UUUUCAGACUGAAAAGCAAGUUUUUCAUUUAUAUUUUAGGGCUUUUUGAGGGUAAAACAUGAAUGUUGUAAUUCAGAAGAAUAACUCUGGAUAGAGUUAUUCUUUGUAGUUCACUCAUAAUUGAUGAUAAACAACUCUGGAGGGGAAGUAAAUUGUGGCAGAGUAAAUUUGAAGAUCCUCUGAACAGAGUUAAAAAGUAGCAGAGUCAAUUUCUUUUAGCUCUGAACUGAGUAAAAUUGUACGAGAGUUGAUUAAAAAAAACACUAAAUAGAGUCAAAUAUCACAGGAAAGAGUCAAAUAUUAUCACUAAAUUGAGCAUAAUUAACUCUGGAAAAACAGCUCUAUCAAAAGAGAAACUUUUACUCUUUUCAGAGAGGGACCAAAUGUUAUCUGGCAUAGAGUAAAAUUUUCUUCAAUUUGAGUAAAUUUUACUCUGACAAAUUUUGUUUAUUAAACCUCUGAUUAAUGGGUUAUCAGCUGUCUUCCUUUUCUUUGGCUUUCUACCUUGUUUCUGAACAGCACUCUAAAUCGAGAAAAUCUGUGAUUUGGCUACUAAAAACAGCCAUUUGGCUCCUUAAAGUUUCAGUUUAGGAGCCAAUGGCUCCUAAGUUAUUUUUUAGUCUGGAGCCCUGUUACAUGAAAAUAUAUAGCCACCGUAGUAUGUUAAGAAAGGGGGGCCCUUGCAUAAGGGGAUCAUCAUAUUUAGGGGUCCUUGUCAUUAAAAAGUUUGAAAACCCCAGAUCUAGAUCACUCACAUUGUAAAAUUACAAUUAUGUGCUUUUCCUGGAGGAACUGGUUAUAUAAUAAAAAAUAAAAAAUAAAUCAGAGGUGCUUUUUUGAAUAGCAUCCGAUAUUUAAUUUUUUUUUUUUUUUUUGAUCAAAAAGUGCUCUUGAUGGUCACUUUUGCCUUGGAAUUUUAUUGAAAGUCCUAUAAUACUCACCUUUUUUAUCUUCUAUCCAAAUAUUAUUUGAUUAAUUUUACUUGCUAGCUUUUAAUUCCCUGAUUUUAAAAACAAAAAACAGUGCCAAUUUUUUAAUGCAAGAUGACUGAAAGGAUGCUUAUGGACAUUUCAGCCAGACUGCGUUCCUCACCCACAUAUUGUUCUGACACAGGUUUUUGUUUUCUUCUCUUAUUACCAAACUGUAGGUAGUAAUGCACAUGUUUGAUUUAAAUGCCAAAGUCAAGACAGCCAUAUUUGCAUAUUCUUCUGGUGUGCAUGAGGAAACACCCACACUAACAAAAUAAUGCAGUUAAAAAUAGCAGACAACACUCCAUUAUGGUUUACCAAUAACAUCCACAUCCGACGUGCACUAGGGCCCGUGGGACACCAGCAGACAGACAGUGAAUGCUUUCAGUCGCUGCAUGUUAGGACACACCUGGCUCUUCUGAUCAUUGUCAAGUCCAUUGCAAGAUUUUCUGAGAAAAUGGAAACGACAUGACACUUUAAAUAAUCUGAGCUGGGGGCAUGGCAUCGGUACACAGUAUAUGGCAAGCCGUUUUGACAUUGAUUCCUUAAAACGUACUAGUAUCUGGCAGAAUGAGUAUGCUAAAGUCUCGGUGAGCCUAAUGAUAUGUUUGUUUCUUGUCUAGUAAAACUCAUCCAACUCGGCUGUUUAUGUUUGUGCGCGCGUGAUCGGUGCUGAUUCGGUGCGCGUGGUGGUUUCGUUAUGCUCGAGCGCAAUGCAAGAUACUUCAUCCAUGUACUUUCCUUUAUUUUCCAGUACUGCGUAUGUGGCAGUGUGGAAUUCAGAGCCGAGUUCACAUGAAUGGACCAUGCAGACGGUCACCAUUUGAAAACCGAACCACCGAGAAUGACGUUGCUUCCGAUCGAUCGAUAUAAAGCUCGUAAGAAGUAAUGCAAGCCGUCAGAGAGAUGGAAAACAACAAGCCCAGCGACCAUGAUAUUAUGGUGUUGACACAACAGCAGUCCGCUGUGACCCCGAAUGAAAACGGGGUCAUGAUGGUGAUCAACCACAGCAAAGUGCAUCCACCCUUCAGCGUGGUGUGGACAACCGUCCUGUACUGCGCGGAGUUCAUCUGCGCCUCUCUGCUCAGCAGCAUGUAUCAUACGAGUGAAGACUCGGUGUGGAUGGGCCUGACCAUUACAUUCAUACUGGUGCCGUCGGUGCUGACACAGCUCACUCUGACGUUCGUGCACCGGGACUUGGGGAGAGACCGACCCUUUGUGCUCUUCAUGCAUCUGCUGCAGAUGGGGCCCAUUAUAAGGUGCAUUGAAGCUCUGAUUGUUUACUGUCAGGCUGGUAGAAAGGAGGAGCCGUAUGUGACCAUUUCAAGAAAGAUCAAGCUAAAGCAUGGCAGAGGUUUAGGCCCAGCCUUAGAAUGGGAGAUCGGACACUCCGAACGCAAGCUAGCCAUCCACCGUAAUGCCUUCAAACGCACAGCUGUCAUCCAGGCCUUCCUAGGCUCCACUCCUCAACUCACUCUACAGCUCUAUGCUACCAUUCAGGAAAAAUACAUCCUUCCCACACGACUGGCCCUGAUGAUCAUUUCCUUGAUAUCAAUCACAUAUGGGGCAUUAGUUUGCAGUGUGCUGGCCAUUCAAAUCAAGUAUGACGACUACAAAGUGCGAAUGAAACCUGCUGCCUACCUGUGCAUGAUCCUCUGGCGAGGGUUAGAGAUCGCCACACGGAUCACCACCCUGGUGCUCUUCAGCACAGCCUUCACGUACUGGGUGGUACUGGUGGGCUUGAUCAACCUGAUCAUUUUCUUCUUCCAACCAUGGGUCGAAUUCUGGGUCAGGAGGGCAUCAUUGCCUGAGAACAUAGAGAAGAACUUCAGUAAACUGGGCACCACUGUGGUGCUCUGCAUGAUCACGUUCCUCUACGCCUGCAUCAAUAUUUUCUGUUGGUCAGCCAUACAGUUGGACCUGUCUGACCACGACCUUCUGGAGAAGCAACCUCGCUGGAGACGCUUGGCCAUCUACUACACCCUGCGCUUUAUGGAGAAUGUAACCCUCAUUGUCUUGUGGUACUACUCUAAGUCUGACUUCUACGAAUAUGUGUGCACGCCAAUGCUGGUGGUGCAGCUUAUUGUGUGCUACAGCUUAGCUGUGCUCUUCAUGCUGCUCUUCCAUCAGUUCUGCCACCCGUGCCGCAGACUCUUCCAUUACAACGUCGAGGACUGUCUACGUUGUACGUGCUGCUGGAAGAGAAAGCGACCCCAGCCGCCAAUGGACCACACAGUUGCUCUUGCUUCUCAGGACUACGAGCCUCCUGACCUCACUAGCCACCUAGCGGAUAGAGAAACAGAGAUUGUGAAUGAUAUUAUGGAGGCGGCUUAGAAGACGUUUGCUGUUCAGCUACUGCAGCGCUGUUUGGGGCCACGCUAGGCGUUUUUGCACAUAUCCUGACUCAGGAGUAUUACAGUAUAUUGACUCUGUUACAUAUGAAAUGAGCUAUUCUACAUAUACUGUACUUAGUGAAGGAACAAUUCAUUUAAUAUGGUCCUAAAUGCUUCAGGAGUUUUGUAUUUUUUGCCAUUUGGAACUUUCCUUAAAGGAAGUGUAGCACCAUAAUAGCGAUUAAGCACCAUAACAAUGUGAUACAUUGGUGUAGGGAGGGUAGCUCAUCAUUUAUUUAAGGUAGAGCGCUGAUCCUUUUCUGCUUGUUGGCCGUUGAAAACCAAAGAAUGUCCUCUGUUGAGUUAUGCAGUAACAAUGCACAAUGGAAGCCUUUAGGAAAAAGCUGUAUGACCAGACCAGGUGUGUGGGAAAUGUGCCAAUGUGUCCAGCUCAGUGGAGCUAUGAAACCGGCUGGUUUUGGCAACUGUUGCACUGCUAUCUUCAAAGGAACCAUGAAUGAACAAGCCAAGAAGCCUUCGAAAGUGUUCUUAAGUUUGCCUAGUUUUUUUAACCUUAAAAUUUUGAAAGCAUUUAAUGUUGUUAAUUAGAUUGCAUUUGCCUUAAUAUUGUGAGAUUUUGCAAUAUUGUGCCUAAAAAGACUAAUAAAGUAAAGAGUGCUGUUACAUUGCCACUGCUAAAAGAGAUAUCUGUUGGUUUAUUUUGCACAGGAAUGUUGUGUUUUGUUGAGUUAUGUGCCUUUUUACUACUGACUUUCAUUAAAUUAAUAAAGAUGCUUUGAAUGUC